CACACCGCCACCACCACCACCGCUAACGCCUUCCCUUCUCUUCCCCGCGUUAACCCGAAGCACCCACCUCCAAAUUCUGCAAACCCUCGAAGCGAAAAAAAAUGGACAACAAAGAGCCGCUCCUCACGUUCGUGGCUCCGAGCCCAAGAGCCCGCUGGCCGCCUCCGCCGCUCUCCCUCUGCCCUCUCCGGGAGAACGACGAGUUCUCCUUGCCCAUCCCCAUGACCCCUUCCCAGCUCAAGGACCACCUCAUUUUCGGCCCUUUCACCCCUACCCCGAGGGAAUCGUCUUCCUCCGUCGUCGACGCGCUCACUCUCUCCCCGAGCCCUCGUUUCCCCGCCGCCGGUACCUCCACCUUUUCUAACCUCGACCGCGGCGGCGGCGGCGGCGGCGGAGGAGGAGGAGGAGGAGGAGUAGGAAGCUCGGUCGUCCCGGACGCACAGGCAUGGCUGAUUGAUCCCAAUUACAAGAUACCCAAGAGCAAUCUCCACCGCUGCAAGACGGCUCCCGCCAUGGCGGCAAUCAACGAGAUCAGCCACCACCCAGCCGAUCCCAGCCCUCAAUUGGGUCCCAAUUCCGUCGUCCGUCAGGCCUUCGUCCUCCUGGUAAUCUAUUUAACAUUCGGGGUUUUGAUUUAUUGGGGUUUCCGCGAGGAUUUCACCGUUAGCGAGACCCACCCUGUGGUCGAUGCUCUAUAUUUCUGCAUUGUCACCAUGUGUACGAUUGGAUAUGGCGAUAUUACACCGAACAGUACUGCGACCAAAUUGUUCUCGGUUCUGUUUGUGCUGGUGGGGUUUGGGUUCAUCGACAUUUUGCUUUCUGGGAUGGUUAGCUACGUGCUUGAUUUGCAAGAGAGUUACCUGUUGAGGAAUGCUCAGAGGGUUGGGAGGAGGGAAACUGCGGGUAGGUACAUUAUUGAUGUGAAGAAGGGGAGGAUGAGGAUAAGAAUGAAGGUGGCGUUGGCUUUAGGGGUUGUGAUUCUCUGCAUUGGCAUUGGGGUUACUGUGAUGCAUUUCAUCGAGCGGCUUGGAUGGAUCGAUUCGUUGUACCUCUCGGUGAUGUCUGUCACCACGGUUGGGUAUGGAGACAGGGCUUUCGGGUCGAUGCAAGGUCGAAUCUUUGCCUCGAUCUGGUUGCUCGUGUCCACUUUGGCCGUGGCGAGGGCUUUCUUGUACUUGGCUGAGGCUAGAGUUGAUAAGAGGCAGAGGAGGAUGACGAAGUGGGUUCUUGGCCAUGAUAUGACUGUCUCGGAGUUUCUCGCUGCUGAUAUCGACCACAACGGUCAUGUGAGCAAAUCAGAAUACGUGAUAUACAAGCUAAAGGAGAUGGGGAAGGUAACAGAGAAAGAUGUUCUGCAGAUAUGCCAGAACUUUGAUCGGAUAGACACUGGGAACUUGGGGAAAAUUACACUCAAUGAUCUGAUCACCGGUUAACCCUAAACAGCGAGAGGCACCUACCCUCGAACGAAUAUCUGUCCACCAAUGGCACGGCAGGAUGCCAGGAUCAGUCUCGCAACGAUCAUACGAUAGAGGAUCAAGUUUUUUUUUUUCUCUUUUUCGAACUUGCAUGGUCCUGCCACUGGCUUCUCCUUCUCCAGCAGCAGCAUCUGACUGCCCGAAAUCCAAUCCGCAACUGUCUAACUACCUCAUUUACCGGACAGGAGAAGGAUUUCUGCCUCAAAUGGUGGCCGAUUGGAAUGUAAAUGAAUGCCAAUGUUUUUGGUUGGCUAUGUGCAGUUAGUUAUAAAGGUAGGAUACAACAGGUACCUAGAUCAAUAUGUAUACGUUAGGAUAGUUGUUCCCAAGGUCGGGAAUUUUGGUCAGUUUGUGCAAUAUUCUUUGGUUGGUUUCCCUUCUCUCCUCUCAGGACCAUCAUCGAUAAAACAAUGAUGAUGGAAAUAAUACCCAUGAAGUCGAUGCCCCAUACAUCAAAUGGGCGUACGUAUCGUUUGAGAAAGAAAAGAUUGGUUUUGAUCAAAUGGUUCAUCAUAAAUAAGUUAAAAAAGAAAAUCAAGACUUUUUAUAGUUAAUUAGUUUUUUUUAGACAAUAAGAGCGAAUUGUCAUACGAAGGUAAAGAGAUC